AUGGCUGCUCCAGUGCUGGGCUGGCUGGUGAAUCACUCCCUCCUCCUUCCCCUGGACUCUGCUCAGCUGCUGGGGACAAAAUCCUCCUGCCUGCAGCUGGCCGCCACGAGGAACGUGAACAUCAUCCUGCAGCACUACAACUUCUCGGGCAAGCUCACCGCCCGGCACUCCGGCGACGAGGGCAUGGGGCUGCUCCGCACGGCCUUCGCCAUCAUCAGCUGCCUCAUCAUCCUGGAGAACCUGCUGGUGCUGCUGGCCGUGCUGCGCUGCCUGCGGGGCCGGCGCUGGGUCUACUCCUGCAUCGCCAGCAUCACCCUCAGCGACCUGCUGGCGGGCAUCGCCUACCUCUGCAACCUCUGCCUGUCGGGCAGCAAGACCUUCCAGCUGUCCCCGCAGCUCUGGUUCCUGAGGGAGGGCAUCCUCUUCAUCGCCUUGGCCGCCUCCAUCUUCAGCCUGCUGGUGACGGCCGUGGAGCGCUACAGUGCCAUGGUGAGGCCCAUCGCGGAGAACGAGGCCAGCAAGACCCUGCGCCUGCGCGGCCUCAUCGUGGCCUGCUGGCUGCUGGCCCUCGUCAUCGGCCUGCUGCCGCUGCUGGGCUGGAACUGCCUCUGUGAUUUCCAGGCCUGCUCCGUGCUCCUGCCUCUCUACUCCAAGGAUUACAUCCUCUUCUCCGUGGUUAUGUUCAGCAUCAUCCUCCUGGGUAUCAUCGGGCUCUACAUCUCCAUCUUCCACCUGGUGCAGGCCAGCUCCAGGCAAAGCUGCUCCCGGCACGGCCGCCGGCGCUCCCUGCGCUUGCUGAAGACGGUGCUGAUGAUCCUGGGGGCCUUCAUCCUCUGCUGGAGCCCACUGUUUGUCCUGCUGCUCUUCGAUGUGUUCUGCAACACCGGGGCCUGCAGCCACCUGCACAGCCUGGACUGGACCCUGGCUCUGGCCCUGCUCAACUCGGGCGUCAAUCCCGUCAUUUACUCCCUGCGCAGCGUGGAGGUUCGCCGUGCCGUGGGGAGCCUGCUGUGCUGCUGCUGUGUCAGGGCUGGGCUCUGCAGGCCCGGCAGCUGCGUGGCCAUCUCGGACAUCAACUCUGGCUCCUCCACGGAGAGUUCCCUGCGCUGCCGGGACAGCUUCCGCGGCUCCGUGGCCUGGAACGCUCGGCCCAGGGCGCCUCUGUCCAGCAACUCCAGCAUGAUGAGCAAUCUGCCCAGUCUGUGAGGGGCCACGGGGAGGGCAAGA